AUGGGACAUAAACGAAGUAAAAAUCAGCUUCGACGUGUGAGGGCCAAAAGACAGAAGUUGGCACAUAAAAGCGCCAAUGAUGUGGCGAAGAAAACAAAAUCCAUGACUAUGACCCAAGGAAAACAGCAGCAUAUUGGAAUCAUUAUUGAGAACCCUAAGAUAGAGGUCGUUGACGAUCAAAGCAAGAAAUUAGGUGAAUUUAAGGAAGUAUUUGAAAAGUUUCAUCGACUUGAAGAGAGGAGAAAUAAAGGCGAUACUAUCACACCAGGAAACAAGAAAAAGGAGGAUAUGAAGACCGAGAUAACCGCAGACAACAACCUUCUUCCCUCAAAAACAGAAGAAAACGAAGAAGACGAACCAGAUAUACCGGAUGAGGAUAUUGAGCCGGCUAAAAAAAUUGGAAAACUGUCAAAACGGCAAUUUAGAUUAAAGUAUGGCAUACCACUUGAGAUCCUGAAAAUUGAAAGUAAAAAUCCAGAAUUAGUUGAAUCAACUGAUGCAGACUCUCCGGAUCCCAGACUAUUAGUAUACAUAAAGUCACAGCAUAAUGUGAUAGGCAUCCCACCGCAUUGGAAGAGCAAUAAGUCAUUGCUCAAGCAAAGGAGAACAUUUGAAGAUAAUGGACCAUUUGAAUUGCCAAAAUUUAUUCAGGACACAGGCAUAUUGGAAAUGAGGGACUCUUCAGGGAGAGACGAAGAUACAAGUAUGAAGGACAGAAUGAGACAACGGGUUCAACCCAAGAUGGGUCAGCUCGACUUGGAUUUUAACAAGCUUUACGAUGCAUUUUUCAAAUACCAAACAAAGCCUGAACUUUUGAAGUAUGGCCAGAUUUACAAAGAUGGAAUGGAUAUAUCAAACCUUUUUGAGAUUGAAAGGAUGUCCAGUUACAGACCGGGUAAACUUAGUAAGAAGUUGAAAGAGGCCCUAGGCAUGGACAUUAGAUCAAAUAGUCCACCAUGGGCACAAAGAAUGAAAGCGCUAGGGCCACCUCCUAGUUAUCCACACAUGUCUGCAAAUGAAGAAGGUGAAAUAAUAUUUGACGAUGUUGAAGAUAGGGGCGAUGGAGACAGUGCACAAAAUACUGAUUUAUACUGUACUCUUGAAAAUGACAUGACUGAUGAUCAGCAAACCUCCGACAGUGACUCAUCUGUAGAAGAGCAAUCAGACGAAGAAGAGAAGGAAAAGAACAUGUAUGAUGCAUCCAAUGGGGAUGUUGCUAUUAACAGUUAUGGUCAUAGUCGUAAGUCGGAUUCGGAAGCGACGGAAAGAAAGAACGGCAAUACAUCUAAACCUGAAAAAUUGUAUAGAGUACUUGAGGAGAAACGUUCAGGUGAUCAUGCAAGCAUUUACGGAUCGGACACACAUAAAUAUGAGUAUUGA